UAUUCGUUCGAUCCCAAGUUUAUCAUUACGACCAUCACCAACAGCCAAAAUCCAUCACGAAUCUCACUCUCAUCGGCCUGUGUCUGCAUCAAAUCAUCGUGGCAUCGCCCCAUCAUCAAUCCAUCACAACAAUGCAAUCAACAAGACCCGAACCGUACCUCACUGCUGAGCUCCGAGGUGACCAGACCAAAUUCGAUCUAUCCGGCGCAACACGCUUCAACCUCGCUCUCGCCAUCACUCUCCACGCAAGAGCUCCUAUUCUCAUCUGCGAAGAAGGCACCUUCCUCCAACACAAUCGCGCACUCGAAAACAUCGGGAUUUUCUUCACAAACCGCGACACUGGUGAAUCGCAAACAGGCUCCUACGUGUGUCGCCUUUACGAGUUUGGUCCUCCAACAACACCUAAAACCUUGCUGGAACCUGGAAAGACUGUUCUCACCAACAUCCAAUUCAAUGGUUAUCCUGAGAAGAUCAAGGAUGGGUUCGACAUGAUGCUGAUCUCCAACAUCGCUGGUUUCGAGACUGGAUGUACUUUUGAAGGUCAGUUGCCGGCUGGACAGAGUAUCAAGUAUUGGCGUUGGGCUACGCUCGAGGAGUGUGGACCUCCGGCAUCUUGGGUCUCGUCUACCAUCAAAGCAACCGUUCAAUCUGCAACGACAUGGUGGAAUGGAGAUCAGGGACAUGGAAAGGAUGCAUCGUUACCGCUGGAGAUGGAACCACUGCCCAUCUACAUCAAAGGCGAUGGAGUCGCCUUCACCUGCAUCGGAAAGAAGAUGGAAAUGCCCGCAAAAGAUUCCAUGUUCUGGGAACACAACAAGCCUGGCUACCAAGAACGUCUAGAGACAGAACGCGCAGAGCACGCGAAGAAGAACGCAAAAAAACGGGCUGCUGUUGCGGAAAGCAACAGGAAUUAUCGGGUCAGGAUGGCUGCCGAGAGAAAGGCGCGCGGAGAAGCACCAUGGCCCGGCGAUCAGGUGUCGGAAGAAAGCCAUGCGCGAUACCUGGAAAGAAAGGCGGCCGAGGAAAGAGCGAAGGAGGAUGUGAAGAAAGAUGCUGCUGAACACUGAAGGCGAGUUGAGGAUGAUGACGGACACACGAAAGGAGGAAAAAGUCUUGCUUUUUCAACUAAUGCAAUCGGCACUGUACCAUAUAGCUGAUACAUGCCGUCAUUAAUUCAUCAUGGAAACAAG